AUGGUCGGGCGGCGGCUACGUCGGAGACACAGAAGCGAGGACGGACAGCCGGCGGCGAGUUUGGGGUUUUCUUUUUGCUACCGUUGCUUGGAUCGCGCGACGAGGACUGCUGGGUUGGGAUCGUCAGUGAGGGCGAUGUUGUUGCUGCCGGCGAGGGAAGCGGAGUGGUGGCGCUGGUUGUCGGGCGGUUGCUGCCUGUCGACGUCGGAGAUGAGGGUGGGGUUUCUCGCUGUUGUUUUCGCCGGAGGAAGGAGUGCACGCGAGGGAGUUGGAGGACUGGGGGUUUAG